GGCAGGCGGUUUCACGGCGAGAGCGACGGCGGCAAGUGAAAAUGCUUGACAACUUGUGGACGUUUUUAAAAGUUUUUUAAUUUAUUUUUUGCGGAGGUUUUCAGUCAUUUAUAUACAUACAUAUAUAUAUAUAUAUAAAAGACUUCAUAACAGAGCCCCACUUGACAUCGGUAAACCUAUAGAUGUGAUUAUAUACAUAUAUAUGUCGUGAGGGAAAAUGGCAGCGCUGCGAGUCAAGGCGCCGGGCUGCUCUCCGGCCGAGCCCGGCUUGCGGUUACCGGUGGCCGGGUCCAAGGACGGGGAGCCGCAUCAGCAACAAGCGGCAGCCGGCGGGGAUUUAACGGCCCCUUCAGCCAGCCCGCACCAAGCCCGGGAUUACCGGAUGGAGGAGCUGGAGACUGUCGCCACCGUGGGGACUGGAACCUUUGGGCGAGUUCUGCUGGUCAAAGACAAGAAGACAAGAGAAUACUGUGCUUUGAAAGUGAUGAGCAUUCCUGAUGUAAUUCGGCUUAAACAGGAACAGCACGUGCAUAAUGAGAAAAGCAUCUUAACCGAGAUCCAUCAUCCAUUUCUUAUAAGGCUGUACUGGACACAUCAUGAUGAACGCUUUUUAUAUAUGUUAAUGGAAUACAUGCCUGGAGGAGAACUGUUUUCUUACUUGCGUAACCUUGGACGUUUCAACAAUGGUACUGGACUUUUUUACUCUGCAGAGAUUGUGUGUGCAAUAGAAUAUCUACAUGCCAAAGACAUUGUUUACAGAGACUUAAAACCUGAAAAUAUUCUACUGGACAGAGAAGGCCACAUUAAGCUUACAGACUUUGGAUUUGCAAAGAAACUUGUUGACCGAACAUGGACACUCUGUGGGACACCAGAAUAUCUUGCACCAGAAGUUAUACAGAGUAAAGGCCAUGGGAGAGCUGUGGACUGGUGGGCAUUAGGUGUGCUGAUGUUUGAAAUGCUUUCAGGCUACCCACCAUUUUUUGAUGACAACCCUUUUGGUAUUUACCAAAAGAUUCUUGCUGGAAAGCUGGACUUCCCAAGACACCUCGAUUUCUAUGUGAAAGACCUCAUAAAAAAGCUCCUAGUUAUUGACAGGACAAGACGAUUAGGAAAUAUGAAGAAUGGAGCAGAUGAUAUUAAGCGACAUCGAUGGUUUAAAUAUGUGGACUGGGAAGCAGUGCCUCUCAGAAAACUAAAGCCACCAAUAGUACCGAAGCUCUCUCAUGAUGGGGAUACAUCAAAUUUUGAAUCCUACCCAGAAAAUGAGUGGAAAAAGAUUCCGCCUGUUCCUCCCAAGGAUCUGGAAAUUUUCAAGACCUUCUGAUUGCGCUACUCGGCAAGAGCACUGAUGAAGUGUGACCAAGAGGAGUAUUUUCAUAAAAGGAUCGGACAUCAAAUUGCACAUUUUGUUUUUCACUUUUUGUUUUUGCUACAUGGCCUGCCUGUACCUAUGAUGACCUCGUACAAAUAAGCACAUUGGAAGGUUCCAGACGGAAUAAUGGUUCAACUUCAGUACCCAUCAGUAUGUUGUAACUAGAAGAUGUACACAAAAGAUUGGAGGUCUAAACUGGAAUUUUCUUUACAUGGAUGUGUGGUACAGAUCAUGUAAUGAAACACCCAAAUUUUGUAUAAUAACUAUAUUAUCACAUGUCCAUUAUGACACUUGUUUUUAAUAACUGAAUUCCUGUUUUGGUUAUUCUAAAAUGUGGUAUUAUUAAGCAGUGGAUCCAGAUUUCUUUAUUAUUGUAAAAUUGCCUUGAUUGAAAAGCACAAGUAUUUCCUUACAAUGAUUUAUUUUUAAAAAAUAAUUAUUUGUGUUCAUAGAGAUGUAAAACUAGGGUCAUAUCACUUUGUAUAUACAGAUACCUGAAAUAGAUGCACUAUGCAAAUAUAAAAAAUUUCAAAUUUUAUGAUUUUUGUUUUGAGUAGAAUCAGGAUGUGGUUUUUAAGAAAAAUAUAUGUAUAUAGAUUUUAUGUUUAAAGGGAUCAUCCUAAAUACCAGCAUCUUGCCAUUUUUUUCUUACUUUGAGAUGUAAGUAUUUGAUGUCUGCAGAACACUCAGGAGUUAUCACUGGCUCCUAUUAGAUACAACUGUUUUCAUGCUAAAUUUCAGAUUUUUUUUUUUCUAAAACAGGCUUGCAGUUUGAAUACUUUUGUUCAUUAAUAGAGCCACAAUGACAACUGGGCCUUUUACCAUUUGGUUUGCUUUAUUGAUUAGGAGAGGUGGGGUUAUAAAAAUCUUUAAAAGAUUUUAAUUCUAAAACUUUUUAUCUGUUUUUCAUACAUCUAGAAGUUGUAGCGGACAACUAUUUUUUAAUGUGGGUUUAGCUUCAUUUUUUGGAAAAAUGUAUAGUAUGGAGAGGAUGUAUGAUGGGUAGGAGAUGAGCACCAAGGCUAAUGAACUUGAGAAUGGAUUAUAACUCGCUAGCUAGAGGAAUAAACCUUUCUCUAUCUCAAGUAAAAUAUUGAUGUACCAGAAUUUGUUUAUUGUAUAGGAGAAAACACUAAAGAAAAUAUUUUUUGUCUUGGUCUUUAAGGAUUCUGUUGUGUUUACCUUGACAUAUCUGUUUGAAUGCAUUUUUAUGGCAUAUUGGAAUUGAUUAGAAAAACCCUGAGUAUAGCACUAAAUUCUGACUGUUGUGAGAGCAUGUCUGAUCUUCGCUGUUUGCUACAUGAUAUAUUUUUUCUUCCAUCUCUCCCAACCCCAAGCCUCCCAAACAUUCUAAUUAGUUUCUCCUAUAUUAUUUCCUAGUUAAAUGAUCUCCACUCCUCUACCAGUACCACACCUUGUUUGGCAGCUGUGAGAUGAUCUGUGUUUCUUUCGCAGAGUUAUGGUCAACAUGGUCACUCCUUUUUCCCCUACCUGAUGACCCAACUAAGCUAAAUUAUUGAGAGAGAAAUCAUGGCAUUAUCACUCUGUGGCAAGUUCUACUCAUGCACCUAACAGCCUUAUGUUUUUCUUAAAAUAUAUAAGAACCCCCAUAGAGAGAGAGAGAGCACCUGAUUCUCACUUGAGUAUCUGUGCGUAAUCUGCUCCUCAGAAUCACAAGCUAUAAAGACCUGUUUUUUGAAAUCUGACUUGUGCACUGAAUUUUAUGGUUUACAUUUCUUAAUAUUUUUAUCCAACUGUAUCUUACACCUUUGAGUUUGAUGAACAGAAUGCCAGACAAAAGAGGAAUGGCUGACUGCACAAAAUUAUAUAUGUGAAAUCAGAGAAAAACUGCAAGUUGAAAUGCAAGUAUGUCUGUUGUAAAGGCAUUUUAUUAUAUAUUAUAGUGUUCUUCAUUUGCCAACCCAGACUAUCCUUGUUUUCUUUGAAUAUGUUUUGUACAAUGAGAUACUGUUCAAGAUUAAGGUUUUUAAUCAACCUCCUUUUUCACUGUUUUAUCCAAUGACUAUAUAACCUCUAUGAAUAUUCCAUUCGAAGUAGCCUUAAUAUUGCUGUACAUAAACAAAUUUCUAACUUGUUUAUGUACUGCAGAAUACUUAAUCCUGUUAAAUGUAUGCUCCUGAAUAAUGUGUAAAAAGAAAAGAAAGUUGAGGUUUUGGUUCUAUUUAUAACAGGAUUGCACUGUACAGUUUGAAGGCAGUUUAGGUUUACAAAGUUCCACAUUUGCGAUGAUGAUCAUGACAGUUAACUGUCACUGUGCACAUCCUGAUUUAUGUGCAGUUCUCAUCCUGCAAAAGCAAGGGAAUAAAAACAUUUUAAACACCUUUUCCAAUCUAAAUGUGGGAGAAACUGCUGAUGAUAGCCAUUGUGAAAUAAAAAAUACUGCACCUCCUAAUAAACUGACCUUUUGAGGACUGUAGAAUUGUAAAAAUAGACGGACACCUGUACAGCUCAGUUUAUGCUGUAUUUGUUAUGUGAUUGUUGUAUUGUACAUAUUGAAAUGCAAAUGUUUAUUGCUGUUGGAAAUUGUUUUUAGCCAAAUGUAUUUGUUCUGAAUUUGUUUUACAGGAACUAAUGACAAUCUAAUGAUUUGAAAAGUAAUUGGUUUCAGGGUAUUGACAUUGUUUGUUUCUUUUUGGUGCUUCAUUUGUUCACUGUCACAGCCUCUACCAAUUCAGACACUUCAAACCUGAUGAAGAAUUGAAAAUAUGUAAUUUUAUUUAUUUUUUAAAAAGACUGAUCCCCAUAUGUGCCUUGGCCUGUAUAUUCUGAUUUACGAUUAAGAAAAUAGACAUGACUCUGCAAGUCUGUGUUUCUUGCCAGUGCUCAUUAUAGCCACCCAGUUACAAGCCUGUUGAGGUGAAUCAAAUCUACAGCUUUUAUUUUUAAACAUCUUUUUAACUCCCAUCCAACUUUCCAAUUGUCAGCUUGGUGGUGCUUCACCAAACAAUCUGGCUGAGGUUAGCAUGCCCUUUCAGCUAAGCCUGAGAUUCCCACUGUUGAUGUGAAGAAGCAACUCAUUGAGUUUCAUCUUUUCAUCUGUAUUGCUCUUAAUGACAAGCCCCAAAUGUUAUACAGUGUUCUUCUGUGUAUACUUUAGGUCAAUAAUAUGUGUCGUUUUGAUCUUAAAGGCUGCAUUUCAAAUUUUGAGACUCUGCUCCAUAAUUUGCAGUGUUAGCAGUGUUUCCUGUGUCCCCUGUGAUCUGGAGUUCGCCUUUACUAUCCAACAUACGAUCGUAUGACAGCAUGACCUAGGGGUUAUAAUAUGAAAACCCCUUUUGUGUACUGGGUACUGCCAUCUCACAAGUGGAUUGAUAAACACUGUGUAGUGAGAGGAAGCUAGUUGUAAUUCAACAAGCUGCUUCUGGUUUGUGUUAAUCAUUGAAAACAACAGAGCACACCAUUAUAUGCCUGUUAGUGAGCUGAAUUUAGUUCAAAUCUCUGAAACUAGUCAGCUCCCUAACCUUAAGAAGAGAGAUCCCCUCUUCUGUGACUGUUACUACUCCAAAGUUUGUUGAGUUCCAGCAGACUGAAAGCCAAAUACCUGGCAUGUGACCCUCCCCUAGCUCAAUGUGUGUGGGGUUUGGCCACUUGAGCUGCCAGUCAAACCUGCUACCAUCCUUCCCAGGUAUAAGCUCUCUGCAGAAGUUGUCCUUUUGCUGUGGUCAAAUGAAAGGGCCAUUGCAGCAUAUUAGGUGAGAGUUACUGGAAUGGAUUAGGAAGCUUCAUUGUCUUAAAUUGAUGUGAUAUUGCAAGAAACACCAUUUUGCCAGAUGUUUCUUCUGGAUCUAAUCCACGUUCCUGAAGCUUGGUGUUGUGUGGAUUUAGCCCCCUGUGAGUCAAGUUUAACUUAAUAGUAUAAUUUUAAUUUAUAGACCUGAUAUUUGCCCUAGGCUUAAGAGUCGAACCGCUUCAAACAUGGCUGUUGCCAUGAAAACUUGAAACAACACAGGGUAGAUCAGUGUUUUCAUUUUUUUUUCCUGAACUGUCACUUUAAAGUGCAAUCCGUAAAUCAAGUAAUGUAUAAAAACCUGCCAAAACAAAGUGCAGAAGAUUCUUCAGCAUUAAUUGAAUGAGAGGUGAAAUUAUUGUCUCCUUGAUCCAAAUCUGUUUAAUUACCGCAAUUAUAUGAACAAGUUUAAUUUUGUAAAUCAAUUUUGCAGCAUUGUACAGUCACUGAUUUAUUCUUUCAAUUGCUCUAGUAUAGCCAAACAGCUGGGUUUGCCUUCCUGGAUUGUUAUUUUUGCAGCACCUAAUAAACCAGCAUUCUUUAA